AACUAAGGUUUUGUAGUCACAUGGUCCACAAUACAAGUUCUUCAUCGGAUCCGCCAUCUUUCCUCGCCGCGUGUUGCUGCUUUGGGUUUCGGUGUGGAGCGGUCUAGUGAAAGAACAGCUCGUCUGUAUUCUAUUUGCAGAUAAAAUGAAUCAAGAGAAAUUGGCAAAACUGCAGGCACAGGUCCGAAUAGGUGGAAAGGGCACAGCUCGGAGAAAGAAGAAGGUUGUACACAGGACAGCAACAGCUGAUGACAAAAAACUGCAGAGUUCUUUAAAGAAACUGGCUGUGAAUAACAUUGCUGGUAUUGAGGAGGUGAACAUGAUCAAAGACGACGGGACCGUGAUCCACUUCAACAACCCUAAGGUGCAGGCCUCUUUGUCCGCCAACACCUUCGCCAUCACGGGCCACGCCGAGACGAAGCAGCUCACAGAGAUGCUCCCGGGCAUUCUCAGCCAGCUCGGUGCCGACAGCCUGACCAGCCUGCGCAAGCUCGCUGAGCAGUUCCCCCGGCAAGUUCUUGAUAACAAAGCCCCCAAAGCAGAAGACAUUGAUGAAGAAGAUGAUGAUGUACCAGAUCUUGUAGAGAAUUUUGACGAAGCCUCGAAAAAUGAGGCAAACUGAAAUCUCCCCGGUGAAGAGGGAACACAUUUGUGGGACUGCAUUCAAGAGGCAGCUUGCUCCUUGGCCCAUCAGAAAACCUGAUGUAGCUCAUCACCUCCACUACCCACCAACUGAAGACUUUUUUUGUAUUUUUAACAACCAGCCUGCUUCUGGAUCUUCCUUUCAGAAGGACUUGUGCUCUUAACAGCAAAGCCCCAAACGAUACCCAACGGUUAAAAUUGACCUCAGAAUUGCCGGUCCUGGCUAUUGUACCAGUGGCCCGGAAGAACGCUAGUCUUAUUUAAGUUUUUUUCCUCUUUGUGAAACACAAAAUAAAAUAAAUUGAUUAACCUUU